AUGUGGUUGCUUCAUCCAGGGUUCAUUGAUUUUGUCAAGGGUAUUUGGGAAGAACCAGUGGCUGGCUCCCCCCUACUUGUCUUGUUCUUGAAACUAAAGAGGCUUCGGGGUACACUCCGGAAGUGGAACAGGGAGGUUUUUGGGAAUGUGCACCAGCAGGUUAAGGAUGCUGAAGAUUGUGUUUGCAGAAUAGAGGUGGCCUAUGACCAGAGCCCUAAUGAGGGGGCUAAGGAGGAACUCGAGGAGGACAGGAAAAUCUUGGAAGGGGUGCUCCUCCAGGAGGAAAUUUUCUGGAAGCAAAAAUCCAGAGUUUCCUGGCUUAAGGAGGGGGAUCGUAAUAUUAAGUUUUUCCAUUCCAUGGUUAAUAUCAGAAGAAGACAGGCCAGAGUGGACAAGAUUAAAGGGGCAGAUGGGGAGUGGAUCUGUGACCCUGAAGGGGUGCAGGCUGAGGCGAUCAUUGUUUCUAGGUUGGUGGGCUUGCUUUCGCCUCUUGUGGAAGCGGAACAGGGUGCUUUUGUGAAGGGCAGGUGCAUCCAUGAUAAUAUCUCCAUUGUCCAGGAGGUUGCUCAGGACCUAAAUAGAAAGACUCGGCGGGGAAAUGUGAUCCUCAAGCUUGAUAUGGCCAAGGCAUAUGACCGGUAUGAAGGUUUCUCAAGGCAGCUGGUCAACAGGCAAAAAAGCUGUUUUGUGUUGGGUAGGAAAGCCUCCUUGGCAAGGGCCCAUAUGAUCGGGGUGGUGACUGGUUUUCCUAGAAAGACGCUUCCAAUUACCUACUUGGGAGCUCCUCUUUAUGCUGGCAGGCUUAAAAUAUGUUUCUUUGAUGAUAUGGUUGGAAAAAUAAGAAACAAAGUGGCAGGAUGGAAGGGAAAGCUCCUAUCAACUGGGGGUCGUGUUACGCUCCUAAAGCAUGUUCUCUCCUCUAUUCCCAUUCAUGUGCUUGCAACUCUGAUUCCUCCUAAGGCUGUCAUCAGAAGACUUUACGGGAUUUUUGCUGAUUUCCUAUGGGGCUGUUCUGAAUGGGGGAAGCGAAGACAUUGGGUGUGCUGGCGCAAGUUCUGCAGGCCCCUCCAAGAAGGGGGCUUGGGGGUUCGGCUGUUGGAAGAUGUUGGGCUCUCGCUCAGGCUUAAGGGGCUUUGGAAAGUCUUCACUGAGGACUCUCUUUGGAGUGAGUUUUUUAGGGCAAAAUACUUUAGGAACUCACAUGUUGUGCUGGCCGGGGUUCAGGGCGUGGGUUCGAAAGUUUGGCGUAGUACUCUGGCCUUCAAAGAGUUUCUACUGAACAGGUCAAAAUGGCUGCUUGGUUCUAGUAACAUUUCUUUUUGGCUGGGUAACUGGACGGGCGCUGGUCCUCUGUUAGAUCAUGUUGACAAUGCGCUGCAAAUUGAUUUGGACUUGAGGAUCAAGGAUGCCUUGGAUGAGGACGGAGCUUGGAGGCAGGAGAUUCUCGAUGCCAUAAACUCAGUUGCUGCCAGGGAUAGCGUAGUUCUCCACAAUUUUGCCCCGUCUGGGAGGUGUGAUGUGCUCGCCUGGACCCCCUCUACUGGUGGGAGUUUUACUACCAAGUCGACCUAG